CUUUCUUUUUUUUUUUUUUUUUUUGAGACAGAGUCUCACCCUGUUGUCCAGGAGGGAGUGCAAUGGCACGAUCUCAGCUCACUGCAACCUCUGCCUCCCAGGUUCAAGCAGUUCUCCUGCCUCAGCCUCCAGAGUAGCUGGGAUUACAGGUGCGCAUAAUCAUGCCCGGCUAAUUUUUUGUAUCUUUAGUAGAGACAGGGUUUCACCAGGCUAGUCUCGAACUCCUGACUUCAUGAUCCACCCACCCCAGCCUCCCAAAGUGCUGGGAUUACAGGCAUGAGCCACUGCACCCGGCCUGUUCAGCACUUUCCUAAGGAAAUACAGGAGGACUUCUCUAAACUGCAUACAGGAAAAAUUUCGUGAGAGAUUAUUCCCGAGUAAAUUUGAUAUUUGAGAUGUUUACAAGUCAUAAACGCUUAUUUUGCUCAUUUAAAAAUUCUAAAUUCAUGAGGGUGGGCCAGAUUUAGUGACUCACUUUCAAAGAACAGAGUAUUGAAAGGGCAAAUAACUUUAUAGUAGAGAACCCUGGUAUGAAAUAUCUUGGAGAAUGUUAAUGUCAUCAGUGGCAUCAUGCUGAUAUCAUAUGCCAGCUGACAUGAUGUGACCAGUAAGGCAUUCCACCUCUGAUGCUUUUCACCAAGAACUAUAGCUAGAGUCUAAUCAUGAGAAAACUUUAGAUGAACCAAAAGUGAUAGAUAUUCUACAAAAUACCUGACUAUCACUUCUCAAAACUUACAGGAUCAUAUAAAACAAGAAAAGACUGAAAAAUUAUACAGAAUACAGGAGAUAGGAUGUUUAAAGGCAACGUGGUAUCCUAGAUGAGAUCCUAAAACAGGAAAGAGACUUAGUGGAAAACCUGAUGAAAUAUGAAUAAAGUUUAAGUUUUAGUUAAUAGCAAUGUAGCUGGUUUCUUAGUUUUGAUAAAUGUUCUAAGGUAAUGUGAGAUGAUAACAUCAGGGGAAACUGACAAUGUUUACACUAAUAUAAUUUGUUAAUAUUUUGAAGGCUGAUGCGGUGUGAUGUAAUGAUAAUAUCAUUAGCAGUAACAACAAGUCAAAUUUCUAAAGCACUUUCAUAUAUGCUGACUCAUGGUGGGACAAUGUUAUAAGGCUGGCAGAACAGGGAUUUUUUUAAUGUCCAUUUUAUAAAUGAAGAGGCACCUCAGAGUUGAAUUUACCCAAGAUCAAAACUGAGCUGAAAUCAUGAUCUUAUUAUAUUGUGUUAUUUUUACUUUCACAAAGUAUUAGAAGAGAAAGGCCAAUGUACAUAUGUGUGUAUAGAUGGGGAAUGAUGUAAGAAACGUGCGGAUGGGGGAUUAAAGAAUUUGAGAUGACAAUCAAUUUCAACUGAAAGGAAAACUAUCGAGGACUGAAGUCUUAAGAAUAGUGGGCUGACCCUCUGUUUUUUGAAGCUUGCAGAUUUGCUUUUUGUUUUUCUUUCACCCACUUCUCUUAUGGAUCAGUGAGUUUCCUAAGAAAAACAAAGUAACCUAAUUGUUAUAGUUUUGUAAGUCUGCAAAAUUAUUGCUCUUUGCAGUCCCUGAGCCACAUUUCCCAUUCGUUUGCUUCCUCUGGCCCCAUCAUCACACAUUUCUAAAGCUGACUCAUAGGUCAUGUGCAUAAGAAAUUUGUUACGAUUCUGCUUGUAAUUUGGCGUGAUAUUUUUCCUUACUUAGUUUUCCUUGUCCUGAUUACAAUAGCUGCAACCAAUAGCUUUUAAUAGGUGGCACAUACUCAUAACAUGGUUUGCUCAAGGUUUAGAAACAGCAAUAAUUUAAAAUAUGAAUUCUGUUCAUCUGCAGCAACCCCCUCCCCCAUUUUCAAUCUCAUUCAUUUUCUAGCAGCAUAAAUCAGAAAGCAAAACCUUUGUUGCUUUAAAGAUCCUGCUUUGCCUUUUAAAAAUGUGUUCUUAAAGAUGAAAUAAUUAUGCUGCUUUCCUGGAUCAAGAUUUCAAAGGAAGAACCUCCUGCGGAUACUUAUGUACACUUACAUAUGAAAAUGGAUGUUUAAACGCAGGUAGAUGAGUAUUUGUCCUAAAAUGUGAUCUUCCUUGUUGAUGCUGGAGCUUGAGGAGCUAUCCCUAUGCUCUGCUGCCACCUUGGAAACUCAGAAGGAUUUACAACGGAGUUCUGCACAGGGAAAGCUGGAAGCAGCAUUCCCACAGCCUCUUCUGGGGCUGGCAAGGCUCAGAGAGGCAUUUGAAAUGGCUAUGAUUGACACCCAUAGACUUGGGUAUGUUUCAGAGAGAAAGUAUAACAUCUAUCUCAUGGGAAAACACACUUUCUCUGUUUUUAAAUAACUCCGUUUCAGCAAGAUCCAUGUGUGUAGCCUCUGAAUGCUCUAUAAAGGCUCCGUAUUUCUUUCUUCUUUCCUUAGUCUGGAAUGGAGACAGAAGAAGGAUUCGGUUGAAGAUGUCCGUGUGUGGAUCUCAGUUUGCGCCCUGAGCGACGUCCUGGCUCAUUUGGGUGUGACGGUGGCAGCAGAGGCGCUCUGCUGACUGUUUUUUCUUGUCUAAGCUUCCAUUCUGCAUCCACAAUAUGACUCGCCUUCCACUCCAGUUAACUUCUUGGAAGUCCAGAGCACUUAGUCAAAGCUGUUUAUAAAAUGCAAAGCAUCUGGGCGGCCAAGGCAGAGGCUCCUGUAUUCUCUAUGUAACCGCCUCCAAAAAAGCUGGGAAAUUUCGCGGAUCAAAAUGUAGGCGCUUAAAGCUGACCUGCUGCUGUCAAUGUUGGGACUUAGAUACAUUUUUGCAUCGUCAUUCUUGUGUGUGUUUCCCGUUUAUUCCAUUCUAAGGCUCAGGCUCGCGCUGUCUCUCGCGCGCGCUCUCCCCUCUCUCCAUUUCCCAUUCACACAUCAAACUCCGUCCUCCGCACCCCUAUCUUCCGGUGUCUUCUUAGUUAUGUGAAUGUGUGUCAUUAGGCUUACUCGGACACUGGAUGGGUGAGUGGGAGGCAGCUUUUCUUGCGGUUUCAUUUACACUUGGCAUGGGUGGGUGGGUGCCCUCCACAAUUCGUCUCGCACACGGAACACAGUUAAAAUCUGUAGCUAGAACGAGUGAAGCGUUCCGAAUCUUUAAAGCGCAGCUAGGACAGGAAAUAAUACAGGGUUGGGGGAUGUGGACGGGGGCGGAGAGCAGAGAAGUAAAGGAAUAAAACCAACUUCGCUGGCAACUUCAAUAAAUCCGGUAACUGUAGGCAAAAAAUAGACUCCGAGGGAUGGGUCUUGUCCGGAUGAAACGCUAGGGCUCCUUCCCAUCCUUGAAUCUGGGCGCUGGAAGCCAGCCACGGGCGUCUUGCCACGCGAGUGCCCCUAGACAGCAACACACCCACUGGAAACGCACGUGAACAAAGCUCUCGCCCCCGGGAGCCGCUGCCUGCGGUUUCCUAGUCGAUCCCAGCUUCUCUAGGGAGUGUCAGGCGCACACAGGGUUAAGUUAGUUCCCUCCCUGGUAGGAGGGAGAGGAGGAGGAGGGGAAAAGCAGCAUACUGUCUCAGGCUGAGUACCUUGUAGUUAGUUGUACGUUCGAAACCUGUCGCCGUCACUUGCGCGUUUGGCAUUAUCCAUUGUCACCGCGGAGGAACGAGCGCUCGAGAUAUCAUCAGUGCCCGCAAAUCUCCGCGCCAAGGCGCUGCGCUACUCCCUUCCGAGGUGCGCCUCUGGUACUCCGUCCCGGGUGCCCAGCAGCGGCGAGGCGGCAUCUCCGCUCCCGCCGCCGUGUCCACCGAUCCCUCGGAUCAGGGUGGCAGUUCUCAACGAUGGGCAGGAGGGACCUCGGCGGCGACCCUUAAAACAAUACCAUGCCCCGGGAUCCCCGCUGCUGCCGCGCCAGCGUCUUCCCUUUCCACCUCCCUGACCCUGUCGGAUUCGGAUGAGCCCAUUGCAAGGAGAAGACGCAGCCGUCAGUUGCUUGGAUUUCUCCCAAAGUAUUUGUGGCUGAAAUUCCUUUUGGACUCUGAGCUGCCUUUUUUACAUAAGCUUUGGAUUGGAAUCAAUAGAAUGUCAAGAUGCCGGGCACAUUCAGCCUAAUAGCAGAUUGCAGAUUGAGCUUAACCAAGAAGUUCGUAGGCUAAUCAAGGCUGGCUUGACCUACAAAAGAAGAAGAGAGUUCUGCCUGCCCACUUGGGCUUGUGUUGACACGGCUGAUAACUUGCCAUCACCUGUUGCCAGUGUGGAAAAAUUCUCCCUGUUGAAUUUUUUGCACAUGGAGGACAGCAGCAAAGAGGGCAACACAGGCUGAUAAGACCAGAGACAGCAGGGAGAUUAUUUUACCAUACGCCCUCAGGACGUUCCCUCUAGCUGGAGUUCUGGACUUUAACAGAACCCCAUCCAGUCAUUUUGAUUUUGCUAUCUGUUUAUUUUUUUUUCUUUUUCUUUUUCCCACCACAUUGUAUUUUAUUUCUUUACUUCAGAAAUGGGCCUACAGACCACAAAGUGGCCCAGCCAUGGGGCUUUUUUCCUGAAGUCUUGGCUUAUCAUUUCCCUGGGGCUCUACUCACAGGUGUCCAAACUCCUGGCUUGCCCUAGCGUGUGCCGCUGCGACAGGAACUUUGUCUACUGUAAUGAGCGAAGCUUGACCUCAGUGCCUCUUGGGAUCCCGGAGGGCGUAACCGUACUCUACCUCCACAACAACCAAAUUAAUAAUGCUGGAUUUCCUGCAGAACUGCACAAUGUACAGUCCGUGCAUACGGUCUACCUGUACGGCAACCAACUGGACGAAUUCCCCAUGAACCUUCCCAAGAAUGUCAGAGUUCUCCAUUUGCAGGAAAACAAUAUUCAGACCAUUUCACGGGCUGCUCUUGCCCAGCUCUUGAAGCUUGAAGAGCUGCACCUGGAUGACAACUCCAUAUCCACAGUGGGGGUGGAAGACGGGGCCUUCCGGGAGGCUAUUAGCCUCAAAUUGUUGUUUUUGUCUAAGAAUCACCUGAGCAGUGUGCCUGUUGGGCUUCCUGUGGACUUGCAAGAGCUGAGAGUGGAUGAAAAUCGAAUUGCUGUCAUAUCCGACAUGGCCUUCCAGAAUCUCACGAGCUUGGAGCGUCUUAUUGUGGACGGGAACCUCUUGACCAACAAGGGUAUCGCUGAGGGCACCUUCAGCCAUCUUACCAAGCUCAAGGAAUUUUCAAUUGUACGUAAUUCGCUGUCCCACCCUCCUCCCGAUCUCCCAGGUACGCAUCUGAUCAGGCUCUAUUUGCAGGACAACCAGAUAAACCACAUUCCUUUGACAGCCUUCUCAAAUCUGCGUAAGCUGGAACGGCUGGAUAUAUCCAACAACCAACUGCGGAUGCUGACUCGAGGGGUUUUUGAUAAUCUCUCCAACCUGAAGCAGCUCACUGCUCGGAAUAACCCUUGGUUUUGUGACUGCAGUAUUAAAUGGGUCACGGAAUGGCUCAAAUAUAUCCCUUCAUCUCUCAACGUGCGGGGUUUCAUGUGCCAAGGUCCUGAACAAGUCCGGGGGAUGGCCGUCAGGGAAUUAAAUAUGAAUCUUUUGUCCUGUCCCACCACGACCCCCGGCCUGCCUCUCUUCACCCCAGCCCCAAGUACAGCUUCUCCGACCACUCAGCCUCCCACCCUCUCUAUUCCAAACCCUAGCAGAAGCUACACGCCUCCAACUCCUACCACAUCGAAACUUCCCACGAUUCCUGACUGGGAUGGCAGAGAAAGAGGGACCCCACCUAUUUCUGAACGGAUCCAGCUCUCUAUCCAUUUUGUGAAUGAUACCUCCAUUCAAGUCAGCUGGCUGUCUCUCUUCACCGUGAUGGCAUACAAACUCACAUGGGUGAAAAUGGGCCACAGUUUAGUAGGGGGCAUCGUUCAGGAGCGCAUAGUCAGCGGUGAGAAGCAACACCUGAGCCUGGUUAACCUGGAGCCCCGAUCCACCUAUCGGAUUUGUUUAGUGCCACUGGAUGCUUUUAACUACCGCGCGGUAGAAGACACCAUUUGUUCAGAGGCCACCACCCAUGCCUCCUAUCUGAACAACGGCAGCAACACAGCGUCCAGCCAUGAGCAGACGACGUCCCACAGCAUGGGCUCCCCCUUUCUGCUGGCGGGCUUGAUCGGGGGCGCGGUGAUAUUUGUGCUGGUGGUCUUGCUCAGCGUGUUUUGCUGGCACAUGCACAAAAAGGGGCGCUACACCUCCCAGAAGUGGAAAUACAACCGGGGCCGGCGGAAAGAUGAUUAUUGCGAGGCAGGCACCAAGAAGGACAACUCCAUCCUGGAGAUGACAGAAACCAGUUUUCAGAUCGUCUCCUUAAAUAACGAUCAACUCCUUAAAGGAGAUUUCAGACUGCAGCCCAUUUACACCCCAAAUGGGGGCAUUAAUUACACAGACUGCCAUAUCCCCAACAACAUGCGAUACUGCAACAGCAGCGUGCCAGACCUGGAGCACUGCCAUACGUGACAGCCAGAGGCCCAGCGUUAUCAAGGCGGACACAAUUAGACUGUUGAGAACACACUCGUGUGUGAGCAUAAAAGACACGCAGAUUACAUUUGAUAAAUGUUACACAGAUGCAUUUGUGCAUUUGAAUACUCUGUAAUUUAUACGGUGUACUAUAUAAUGGGAUUUAAAAAAAGUGCUAUCUUUUCUAUUUCAAGUUAAUUACAAACAGUUUUGUAACUCUUUGCUUUUUAAAUCUUAAAAAAAAAAUAGUUGCUGAAGUACUGUACAGGGUUGUACAAUGAGAACCCAAUGCCAAGGCAAAAAGAACGAGUGAUUCUUCCUUAGGAUACACAUCAACCACUUUGCUGUUGAAGCUGUCAGAAUAAAUUCCUGGUGGUCAGAUGAAAGGGCAGAUUAAAUGGACUCAUCAGGGUAAGAGGAAUAAUGUGGGUAAAACAAGAAAUGGCCCAGAUAGUUUCGCACCAUUCCUAUACCUCCAGGUCCGGAAGACAGGUAAAAAAUUCUAUAAUGUAAGAAUGGAGGUAGUUACCCUGAUUUGACCCUGUGUGGGAAAUGCUGAAAGCACCAGGAGGAAGCCAGUUCCCGUGAGAUAAGUUAACCCGGCCUGACAGAAUCAAGAAAAUUGAGAUGAGAUUUGAAAGGACCCAAAAAUGCAGGGGUUGGCUUUCUGACUGGGAACUUAAAAAUCACUCUUCCCGCUUCCCUGGUCCUUUGUGAUAACAGAGUUAGAGAUUUGAGUCUGAUUUCAGUCAUCUUCAGGGACCAGUCUGAUGUUGUAGCAAGAAGACUCCCUUUAAAAGUGUUACUGUUCAAAUCAUAUGUCAGGUUGAAUCACAUUCAACAGAGAUAUAUUCUAGAAUACUUUUUUAGAAGAGGCUAAUAAAAUAAAGGGAAGAAUUAUAUUGAAUGGAAUUAUUUUUGAUAAUGAGAAUUAUUUGGGUAGAUUCACUGAGGCUAUGUCAACAUGAUAUUUAGACCAACAGGUGAUCAAUGUUUGGAAAAUACAACAAUGACUUAUUUAAAAAUUACCCUUACUGCUAUUUAGACAAAAACAACUGAUCAGUGGUUCUGUUAUGUCAGCUGACUUUGUUAGUAUCAUGUUGAAAUAGCUUGAAGUAAUAUCUUUUAUCCCCUUGCAAAUUCUUGUCUUCCAAUCAUCUCCCAUAUAUUUUCAUAAUUUGUUGUUUAUGACACCUUUGUUUUUCUCCCUCUGUUCAGUAUUUCAAGGAAAAUUAUGGAUGCCAGUCUUGGCUGCACAAAAUAUCCAUUAUGUACUUACACAUUUUAAAAUGCAUACUAAUUUUCACUGCUAAUAAUUCUGUAAGGACACAUCAAAGCUGGCCAAAAUAAUGAAUUUUUUUAAAAAGCAAUACCUGGUUUCCACCUUGGACUGACUUUGAUCCUGUUCCACUUUUGAAAUUUUAUUUGUUCCUUUUCCAUCGUGGAUGUUCCUCUACUUUGGCAAUUGUGGAGGGCUAAUCAAUCUUAUGUUAGCAGGACAACCGAUGAAAAACAAGUCAGAGAGUUCCCCUAAUCCUGGCAGAGCAGGGCAUAGAAAAGAGAGGAUGUCCAUGCUUAAUUCUAGAUACUUUUGAGGCAACAUCUUCAGAAAACACAUAAUUUAAUCUUUGCCAUCCUUAGAUAGAGAAGGGCUAUGGAUCACAUACAUUAUCAAAAACUACUCCCUUGGGAAAAAAUAUCUUUUGAAAAUCAAAUUUAAACAUUUCAUUCUGCGCUGCAUAUUUUUUUUACCAUUGGCCAUUAUUAUAGGGACCCAUGAAGUAAAUGUCACAAUCAUCUUACUAGCUCUCUCUCUCUCUCAGCAAAAUAAAACUGUGAUGUGUCUUCUUUGUAAAAGUUUAGGUAUAAAAUGCUAUGCAACUUUUUCUUUAUAGUAAGAGCUUUAUUUUCUUUAAUAAUAUAGCCCAACUUAUAUGUUUUAAUCUCCCUUGUCCCUCAGAAUAAGCAGAAAAUAUAACUGCAGCUGUAUGUCGUAGACACAAGAAUUGAAACUGUGCAGUCAGUAGAGCUGAACUUAGCUAUGAAUUAAUUUAAAUUAAUUCUAAAUUGACUCUGGUUUCCAUUUUAGUCUAUUAGCUAGAGGGUUUUGGCUGUUGCUUUUUUUAAAGUUAGGUCCACACAGUGAAGGGAAAAGAGUCUGUGAAGGUGAUCAGUGUAGCAGUAAGACAUCUAAAAUCAAGAAAAUGACAUGGGGGCUUUGUGUACUUAGCUGGAUAAUUCCCUUCUACUGUCCUCUUCCCCUUGGCUGUGUAGAUAAAAUUGUGCAUUCAAAUGAUGGUACUUUGACUUUUGAGGGUUUUUAUUUCUGUUAUUCACAAAAUAAUCAUUCUCAUUUAUGUAUAUUGUAUGUUUAACCCCCAGUGGGAUUUCUGGCUGCUGAAACCACUUUGGGCCAGGAAGAACAAGGAUGAAGAGGUUCCUGUCAUUUCUUAUGGGGUUCACAGAAUUAUUUGGGGCUUAAAUGGUACAAUGGAGACAGUCAUGUGCAAUGCUUAAGAUGGUCUGACAGGGUCCCUUUUGCUGGAGGUGUUCCUGAAGAGAUUGAACCUAGUAACAGGCUUUAUUUUCAUCUUGUGUAAAACAUGGCAAAGACUGCUAAGAUUAAAAUCCGUCUCCCAUUUGUUACAGCCUCACCUGCACCAGGAUAGAAAGCACAUGAUGGAAUCUGUGAUGUCUAAUGUGUCUUAUGAAAAUUGCCAAACAACUGUCCCUGGGGAUUCUGCUUUGAUUGGCAUUUUUAGUCAUGGGAAUGUAUUUUUGCUGAUAUAUACCUGCUCUAUGUUUGGGCCUCUCUUGCUGUCAUUAUGAUGUAUUUUGAGAUGAUUAGUCAAGAGUCAAGGUUGAGAGUACAGGCCAAGACCAUGGAAAAAAAGCCGUGCUCACUGGCCAAUGAAGAGCUUGAUGCUGCCUGGCCAAAUGAGGUGAUUCAGAUAGAAGCUGAUCCCAUUCAGAGCUUAGUAAAUGUCACUGUACAGAAGACAUUGAAAAGGAAGAGGCAUAGUCAUGAACAAAAGGAUAUACUGACAGUUAUCUAUAGCCAGGGUAGCUGUUAAUACCUGCUUGUUUGGGGAGAUAUGUUUGAUUAUAGAGAGACUCUGGGCUACCCUCAAACACCAUCAGAUGCGUUAGCCGCCCACUGCAUGGGACACUCGCAGGCAGAUACAAGGAAUGUAUCCCCUGCCUAUUUUCCUUAUGUAACAAAUGGAAAACAUUCUCCCCUGUGAGAAAUAAUGCAAUUUCUAAUUAUCUGGAUGUUCGUUGAAAAUAUAUUAGACAUUCUCCCUGAGGUUAAAAACAAAAAGUAUAAUGUGACCAGUCUGGUAAAAAGUAUUAAUGAAGUAGCUAAUAUUACAGCUUCAUUUUCUACUAGCACCUAUCAUAAUGGUCUUAGUCAUUUCACACAAAUCAGAACUUCCUUCCCCACCAGGGAGGACAACAUCUUCAUGCUGUGAUCGAAGCAUCCAUUCAGAACACGAGGCAAUAUUGUAGUCCACAGGGAAUGGAUGCUUCACUUGAUCGCCGGACCUCGGCUGCAGAGGCCAUCGCAGCUUUUGAAAAGUGAAGUGGUUAAUUUCCAUUGGCGUCUUUACUUAUAGCAUUUUUCUCUAACCUAUAACAAGGAGACGUUACAUUUUACUUUAGAACAUGAGAAUAGCUGUUUUGCUCACGACUUACCAUUCCAGCUGCAUGGGAAAGCAAAGCAGAAAACAGUGCCCCAAAUGGAAAAAAGAUACUCACACAGAACAAAACAGUUCUUGGUCUUGUUCUUGGUCUUGUCAAACCUUGCCUGAUGCUCUUUCUAAAGUCAAAAUACGAAUGCUAAGAAGGCAUAACCUACAUCUUUCUCUGAUUUCUUCAGCAGGGUCAAAAGACAGUUACUAGCAAUGGGGAAUGCUUGUCACUGUGGAGAAAGAGUUUUGUAUAUGUCUGAUACCGUUGUUAUAACAAAACAAAUUUUUUUACUAUAGUUUUUUGUUUUCUACCUGCACACCCACCAGAAGAGCACAAAGCAAGGCCAUUGCAACAGGCAUUUUAAAAUUAUUAUCAAACAUGCACAUGCUUUUACACACACACACACACACACGGGGGCAUUUGUAAAGGUGUGCCUGGAAUGUAAGAUUUAUAACGUUUAAGGCAAGGUGAAGGCAUUCCCAAGUGUGUGUCGCUCAUAGGACUAGUGUAUAUUCACUGAAAGUUAACCUGAUGAUUUGUUAUUGUUUGAACCAUAUGCUGAUUUGCUUCUGGUUUCUGUUUAGUGUGUUCUCUCUGAUAAGGGGCUGAAAGAUUCUGCAUCACACAUCCUCUGAGACCUACCAUGUUGCACACUUUGUUAAUGACAAACUUCACUCUACACUAUACAGUACCUUGUUGAUAUAUUCAGUAAAGUCUUAUUUUAAAAGAAAA